UCUUCUUUUAGCUCCGACGAUUCACUCCGAACUUUCCCGACCGCGCCCGAGCUCGAAGCCUCCACACGCCCGACAUCUUCCGAAAUCUUGGUCUGCAUCCCGAUGUGUGUUCGGGUUGGGGGAGGUGGGGAGGACGACGUUCAUGAAAUAAAGAAAUAAAAGCGUUUUCCAUCAUUCUGAGCCCCUCCCAGCCCUCUGAUCACCGGACCUCGGCUCUUAUAAAGAGAGAGGCAGUCCAAGAUGAAAGCCAUCGUAGCGGCGGUACUUAGCGCCGUGUUCUGCACCGUUGUGUCAGCGUCUUCCAAAGUCAAAGAGGAAAGGAGGACGGCCUUCUUCGGCGAAGACGUCCACAUCGAAGUGUCGUCGUGGAGCGACCCGGAGGUCGUGUUCCGACCCAGGACCAACAGCUCCUACGAGGUGCCUCUGCUCCACGCCGGCUAUAAGUCGAACAAGACUGAGCUCAACUCUCUGGGCCACCUGGUGCUGAAGGACGUGCAGGAGGAAGACGAGGGGCUGUACAUCAUCAGAAGCGGCAGAAAUGUCAGCAUUUCCAAAAACCUCAUCCUCAUCGUGAGAGACUGCGCUUUGGAGCAGGUUGUAAAGUAUGGAGAAACGUACAUCAUCCACCUGAAUCAAAUCGAAGGUCCGAUCACGCUGGAGUUCAGGCCCAGCCUGGUCAGAGUCAAUCAGACGUUCGUCCCUCACACCUCGGAGCCGCCCCCGGUGCUCCUCUACAACCAGAGCGCCGUGUUGGGGGACGACUACGUCGGGCGCCUCAGCGUGUCGGACAGGCAGGUGAUGCUGCACUCGGUCAGGAUGACGGAUGAAGGAAGCUUCACGGUUCUGGACCGGGACGGCCACACCAAGAUGAGGAGCUGCCUGAAUGUCAGAGAUCACCAGAGUUUCCUGCAUUUUGCCUACGGAGAGAACCUGAAGAUGAAGCUCUUCCUGCACUACUCCAACCUCAAUGUGGUCUACAGGUCCAAACGGGACAAGCAGGAGCAGGUCAUCGUGAACCAGGGGGUCCCGGUGGCGCCGCUGGACCCGCAGCUGGAGGGGCGGCUCACUGUGGACGGGUCGGAGCUCGUCAUGAAGAAGAUGCACCCUGCCGACUCGGGGCUCUUCAAGGUCACCGACCUGGCUGGCUUCACUGUGGCUCACGUUUACAUAGACGUGGAAGCCUAUAAGAUGGCCCCUCUGUCUGUCGCCAUCCUGUCCAUGCUGGGCCUGAUCGCCUUCAUGCUGCUGGUGUGCCUGCUGUCCUGCCUCUUCAAAAUACAUAAAAGAAACGAGAAGAACAAGAAGCUGACGCUCAUCGCCCAGCAGGCCGGCAAGAAAGACGGGGAAGCUUUCCGACAGGUGGUCCAUGAGGCUUACUGCAGGUUCACUGAAGAGUCUCUGAUGCAGUCAGUGUGUGAAAAACCGUCAGAAACCACUGAGGUCACCAUCAAGGGUCUGGAGGUGUCCAAACCAGGCCGCUACCAGACUCUUCCCUCUGACAACUUCCUGGAAAUGAGUGACUCUGGAGUCGAGUUCAGCCACUCCGGACUCCCGCUGGACAGCGACACCGAGGCCGUGAUGACCUACGCCUCCCACAAGCCCCUCCUGAACGCCGCCUCCCCUCCAGCCGUGACGGACGGCGUGAUGAUGUCCGACAGCCUGGAAGCCACGGCGGUCAUGGACGGAGACCUGAGCACCGUCCGGACCCCGGACUCCGUCCUCAGCGCCAGCCCCGCCUCCAACCCGCGAUCGGCCGCCACGCCUGACGGCAGCCUGCAGGGGGCCGCGUCCCCGGCGACGGGCUCCAGGGGCACCGCGGGGUCCGACUCAGCCAAGACAGAGGGCGGGGCGGAGGGAGAAGACGAAGGUCAGAAGGAGUAAUCAGGAAGUGUUUCUGGAACCUUUUGUUAUCCGAACACGGACAGAUCCUUCAUCCCAACAUCUGAAACAUCACAGAUAAAGCAGAGGAUGGAUGUAGAUGUGCUGGAUGCACAACACAGAGUUUAAUUCACUCUGCACUAAAAAAAUGAAAUGCUCCAACCUCACUGUCUACCAAAAGAACAAAGUAAUUCAGUGCAUAAAUGCAUGCAGUUCCGGAAAACACAGAAGAAGAAAUCUUAGAUCAGAGGUAGACGUUAGAGUAGAGUACAUGCAUGCUUUAACAAAUGAAAUGCACUUAAAUCACAUCGAAUCUGCUGAAUUCCUGUCAAACCGGUUCAAUAAUGAGAAAACGACAAACGUUUGAGAGUAGUGACAGACAGCCUUGUUUCCUCUGACGCCACAUUCUCAGAAAAUCACAGCGACGAGCGUCUCAGUCCUCUCUGUUAUUAACAGCACAAGCAUGUCGGAAAACAUCCCUGCAUCUCACAUGAAACUGCUUGUUUCAGCAUCCGCUCACUGGGAUGAGCCACUCGAGGUCUUAUGUCUCCGAAAACAACAGCAACAAAAAAACAUCCUGCAAGAUGAAACAGGUUCAAUAGACGGAGCAGCAACUCCUCUCUGAAACUGCUGCUGGUUGUUUCAGAUAUUAGGUGUCAGAUCUGCAACAUUUGAAGGAUUUGUCAGAGAAACCUGUCAAAACGUUCCACUUUAUCUCACUCAACAGUCAAAAUGAUCAUCCUCUCUGUUUUUGUCUGCUGCUCCUAGUUAUUGUUCACUCAGUUCCAGGAAGGGAAGGAAUUCAGGGGGAACUGACUGGCAUUUGUGUGACUUUCAGAGCAGCUCUUGAGAGCAUAAUUGGAUUGCAGGUCUCUUUGCAGACAGACCAAUUCGUGGACGCCGUGGAGCGCGGACCGCUGAUAAAAGAGCUGAAAGAGUCGGGAAAAGGCUACGAUUCAGGGAACAGAUGAAUGACAUCCAUGAUUCAAAGCCUAUUUUCAUCUCAGCCUGGAAUCCACCUCACAAAGCUCUCAUUAUUGUUUGGCAAAAUGAAGCAACUGGAAAGAUAAAGUUGGAUCAGGGCGUGAUAACGACGCGGCCUUUAGCUCCAGUAAAGUGAGCGGCAGUAAAGUGAGCGGCAGUAAAGUGAGCGGCUGUCAGAGAGGUUUGUGUGUGGAGGCGGCAGAGUUUCAUCCAGUUCAGCCAAAAUCAUCAAACACUGGAUGGAGACAUGAGAGGAAAACCUUCAGCUGAGGAUGAUCAACAAUCACAAACAAUAGCUCUAGUUCCAGGAGAUAAUUGUUGUAAAACACAAUAGACAUUUUCUUCAAAAGUAAACUGCAGUAAACUUUAAAAUGUAUCAACAUUUUGAGGACUUAUUUAUUUGUUAUUUUUUGUGUAAAGGUGUACACAACCUCUACAAUAUACUUAUUUAAUUUAGUUUAGAAUAAAAAGUUCUCUUUUAGGCUUGUGGUAACAUGAAGGAAGAGAUUUGAAAUAUAAGAAUUUUAUAAAUGCUUAAGAAGAAAAUCUUUUCAGCAAGUAAUAUUUUUACCAAAAUGAGGUUGAAAAAUUAAAGUUAAAAUAAAGAUUUGUCAAAUGGGCUAAAAAAUAAAAACACCUUUCAGCCUUGAACGUCUCUGUUCAGGCUGAACUUAGACAGGACAUUUAGGCUAAAGAAGUAACAUUUUCAAUACGUUUUUGGGAUUAAAUAAAGACGAGGAAUAUUGACCUAAAAUCGCCAUAAAAAUAAAUCUGUGGAAAUUCAGUGUUUGCUCCAAUUUCACUCAGAAUUUGUAAAAUUGUAAAGUUCCCUUUAAGUCAACUCCAAAUGUUGUUUCUGUCCAACUUUAAUCACAAAAUCCAAAAUGGUUGCCAGCAACACAAAACCUUAUAUCCCAAUAACUCCUUUCUGUUUGGGGUUCUUUAUCGAUUUACCUUUUGCUCCAAUUUGUUAGCAGAAAAUUUGGCCAUUUAUGGAUAUUUUUGUAGCGCAUGUUUAAAGUACAUGAAUAAAAAUUAAAACCUCUAGCUUAGGAAGCUGAAAUAUGUAAAUGUGAUGCUGUUUAAUGCUGUUGGCUGGAUUUUGGAAAGCAGCCAAUCUGGCAGCGCCGUUCAGUUUCCUGCGUGUUGAUUGGUUGAACCCCUUAGAGGAGAUUCGAGGAAUGUAAACGUCUCUGUGGUAGAGCAAAGAUCAUUUUAAAUAUUUAUGCAUCUUAAAGUCUGUUUGGUGUUUGAAUUAUUAAACUGCGUCGUUUUAAUGUUUUUUAGAGAGUAUUUGUGGAUUUCAACUAUUUGCUGGUGGUUGUGGUCAGUAGGCUGUAAAAAAAAGGUUUAUAGGAUUUUUUAAAAAAUGCAUCGGCAUACAUUGCUAAUAGUACUUAGCAUAAUCACUGUUAGCUUAUCAUUUGCAAAUGGAGCCUGGAUAAGUUUGGUGUGAUGUCAUUCCCAGAUCUAAUGGUUCGUUUUUCGGCACCUUCAAAUCUGAUUUCCAGCUUAAAUGUUCCCUGUUUGAAUUCAAUAUGGCUGUUAUGCAAGUGACACUUAGUUGCCCCUUUGGUGUGUUGUAUAUCAUUAUUAAGUAUCACAUAUUGUACAGUUUUGGUUUGCAUCAGUGAUUGCUCCUCUCACUGACCAAUUAGCAAAUUCCUGUGGUUCUUAAAUUGUAACUAGAACAUUCUGAGCUUGGAAGAAACAGAGUCAUACCCGGAUCCAAAUUCCAACAUCUGAGGAAAAUGAAAAGCAGCCCAAGUUCUCACAGGUCUAACAACUGUGUUUGACUAAUUAGUUUCCCUUUGCUGUUGUAGAAGAAGCUAAUUCAGGUCACAGAAAACUAAUUUCCACCUCUGAAUGUUAGCAGGACAUGAAACUCUGCUGAGGAAACUCGCUGCUGUGUUUUCUCUCCUCCGCGUCCAGCUUCUGAGCUCCUUUGCUUUUAGGAAGCAUCACUGCAGCAUCGAUCACGUCUGCUGACACACGCUGGCCGCAACUAGACCUUUGGGUCCCAACAGUUUCAUUUAGUCGUCAGCGUUGCUGUUCCCCUUGACAUGUGUUAGCAGGACGGCUGCUGAACUGAUGUCAGCCUGGAUAGACUGCAGGAUUCACCCGAAAGCAGCAAACAGGCAACAAAGUUUUAUUAUUAGAAGAAAAAAAGCACAAAUUUAGCAUGUGAUUCUUUUUAGAUAUGAAUAAGUUUCACAUUUUAUUGAUGAGGGUAAAAAAUAUGAAGCAGCUAUUGUAAUAUAGUUCAGCAAUCUGAAAAAAAUGACUAGUUCUCUUCUUCAGGAAAAUUCAUUUGAAUCAUUCAGCAUUGUAUGCAAAACGACUUGCAUAUCCAACUCAAAUGGGAAAAUGAUCCAUUUGAUGGGAGUUUUAUGAGGAAAUGCUUAAAACUCACAGGAGGGUGACUGGAAAACUCCCGAAAUGGACUCUGUAGAUCUGUAAAUAUCAGCUGGAUAUAACUGAGCUAUGAUGCAUAAUAACAGGAUAACCACUGAAUAUUUAAUAUAAUCUAAUGCAAUAUUAAUGAUAAAGGCACUGAAGCAUCACAGACACUCUCCUCCUGCAAGGAAACCCAGACGUAGCACAUCAGAACACAACUCUACUGUUAGUCGUCUGUUUUCACUGCUGUAAAUAUGGAAAUCUGUGAUCUGCAUGUGAAUAAUCAUACUCACGUUUCUUACUACGAGGCUUAUGCAAGAUUUUUUACCGCAUUGAUCCUUGAACCACGUAUCCACAGUAGGUAGGAAACUUGUUUACCUGUCAUGUUUACAUGUUGGAGUCUGGUUGAAAUCCUUUCAUCAAAGUUGGCCUCAGCAGGAGGCGAGCUGAAUGCGACUGCAGGGCCUGUUGACCUGCUGGAGGUCUGAGCCAGAACCGUUCAGACCUAAAAGCUGGCAAACAAAAUCCGGAAGCUGAAGCACAAAUCCAAUGUUUGGGAAAAAUAACACUUUCACAGCAUCUGCAUCAGUUGGGAUUGCAUCAGUUUUAGAAGAUAAUAUCUUCUUUAAUUUCAUUUUGUUAUUGCAAGCAACGAGUUGAUCUCGUCUCGGUGUAUAAAAUAAAUUUGAUACACCUAAAAGUAAUAAUUUUUCUAAUGCCUUUAACGCCUAACUGCACCUCAAACAUACAGAAUAAACAUUUGUAAGAUUCUUCUUCUGCAGUGGAGAUGCAGGAUUUCAGGUUUUAGUUGAUCAUCUGUGCCAGUCUGCAGGAUUCCUGUGGAUCCAUCAGGUCCACAGCAGGUGGCGAACUGCAGUGGAAAUAUGUCACUGACUGUGCAUGAGCAUAUGGCGGCUUGUGGCUGCUGCAGACUGAAACAUAGUAUGAACCAAGAUGGCAUUUUCCUAAUGUGGGUCUGAAAAGGAUUACACUUGUAAACUGGAGGACAUUGAUUUUUAUUCUUUAUAUUCAAAGAGUAAAAUUAUUUAAGGAUAAAAAUAAAAGUAUUUAUUUAUUUACCACUAGAGGGAGCUCUCAGAAAGUCGUUUUCUCUGAAAUUGGUUUUAAAUUGAUGAGUUUAACUUAAAUGAUAUGUAAAAACUGGAGGCAAAAAAUGGGCAAGCGUUGGGAUUUAAGUUUUCAAGAACUAAAAAAUUAUGUAAAGACAUUCUGGGAUGUUUGGUGGUAUUAUUAAACAUUGGUCUCAUGAAUAAUUGGUGGUAAACUGGUGGCGGGGUAAUAGUCACUGAUGCAGACUGGUGCAGAAGGCUGUCCUGAACUCCUUAAACAGAAAGUUUAAGGAGGUUAACGUGGCAUCUGUGAGAUGUGCUGGAAGGCCGAGCCUCAGCUUCCCUGAUUCACAGGUUCUGCUGCAUCCUGGUUCCGGACACCACAGCACAUUCAGAGCAUCAGCAGAGAGCACAGAGCAGGGGGUCAUAAUGUUAUGACUGAUGUUGCUUGUUUUAGUCCUGGGAGAUUCUCCUUUUCUGUAGGUGACAUUUUAACAGUUUGCUUCUUUAUGUUGCUACAAAGAUAAAGAAAAUGAAAAAUGUACAUUAACAGUAUCAUGGGAGCCACUAAGCCACUAAGGUUUCCAUUUUACCUGAUUAAGGUCCAGUAAAGAGCUGAUGCCUUGAAACGAGACCUUAAUGCGAUAAAUUGGCCACAACUGCCGUGUGCAGAACUCAGAGCUUUGCUUUGUUCUCAGUGCAUCUCUCCACUGAGGGACAUAAAACCGCCUUUCUACAAAUAGAUGUUCAUGUUUUUAUUACAGUCCUUUUUGCUAAUUUUGCAAAAUUCAGACCAUUUGUUUAUGCAUUAUUCAGCAAAUUGCAGAAAACAAUUCUAAAAGAGGAGUGAGAAAUUUCCUUCUUGGUUUUUUAUGUUUGUUUUUUAAGUUAUUAAAAUCUAAAAUUAUUAUUAUCAAAUAAAGAUAAAGAACUCAGUUUAAUUGGAUUUUCUCAAACGUAAGCCCAUUUAAAACAGGAACAACAGGAAUCAGUUAUCAGAAGUUUAAAACAUGAAGCCGUUUUCCCUCAAUCUGCCCCAGUGUGACGUGCUUCUCCUUUAAAUGCCCCAUAGGUGCAGAUACUUACCGCCUCUGCAUGAACCCGCAGAUGGAGUGAAGAGAAAGAUAUUUGAAAGCUGUGUUUAAAGCAGGUUUAAGGAUUUCAUUCUCUUCAUCUUCACAUUUCAAAGGCCUCUGGAUCUGUGUUCACUCCUUUCUUUGAAAGAUGCUAAAUUUCUGCCUUUUGAAGUGAAGAUGAAACAUUUAAUUGUAAUCAAAAUCCAGACUCUCAUUAUGAGGCCACUUUGAUGCUUCAUGAGGUGAAAGCUUCAUCGAUCCUCCUGCAGUAAUGACUGUAAGUUCAGGCGAUUCCGGCUGAUGGAGACUUUAUGAAAGGAUUUGAGUUUGUGUCAUUCACCUCGCUCUCGUGUUUUCUGUUCAUCACGUCUGAGCUGCGGUUCAGAAAGCUCCUCGGAGCAGAAGUGCUGAUCCGUGCUCCGGCGGACGGAGAUUUAAUAAAAUGCUCUUUCAGCCUUGAUUCCCUCUAAUGUUCAUCUGUUAUUCUCUGAAAUUCCAAAGAAUAAUAAUAAAGUAAGGGAAUCAAUGUCUGCAGUUUGCUAAUACCUUUGAACCAAACAGGAAAUUACUCUGAGAUCAGUUACCUUCUCUCCACUGGAGCUUGAAUCAACAGCCUUUUCUGAUUCAUGACAGAUGAUUGGAGAAACUAAUUGCCAGACGCUUAUCUUUGCAACAGUGAGCCGAUUCUGGCGCAGGGUGUUUUAUAGAAAUUUCCUUUUCCGAGUCGUGAACACGCAAAGCGACGCCACGCCUCCUCCUGAUUGAUCCCUCGUUUCCAACCUCACCUUCAUCCUCCCAGCAUCACACAAUGUUUUUAUACGAUAAAACCAGAAUCUGAAAUUAUUUUGAUAUAAUUUGUGUUUCAAACAAUGAUGUCAUCCCAAUAUUUUUUAGGAAAGCUCCACACGUUUUAAUGAAUGAAUGUUUCAGUGUUUUUGUAGCAAUGCAUUUAAACUUUAGCUGUGUUUAAUAUUCCUUCUUUUUGCAAUAUUAUAGCCACAACCUGCUUCCUGUGUGUUUGUAAGAGUUAGCGUAGGUGCAGCAUGCCGGCCUGUAGAUUGCUUGUGGGACUGAAGGCCAGAAAGCAAAUAAUGAUGACAUGAAUUGCAUUGAUUUUCUGUGACUCAUCCCGAUCUCUGGUUUCCCAUCAGCCUCCUGUUAAUCACCUGAUCACUGCUGGGACUCAGCAGCUGUAAAACUCGAGGAUCUUAUUUCUCAUUUUGCAUAAAAUAGAUAUUAAACUACUUUUCUUUUGGUUUUAAAGCACUUUUGUUUCCCAGUCGCUGCUGUUCCAGCUGAAACGAGUGAUAAUUAUAUGGAAUCUGAAAACAGAAGACUUCCUGUGACAUUUAUUUUUCUGCCUUUUAAAUGUUGUUUUGUUGUUGAAAAUAUGCAUAUAAAUGGAUCACAGUUAGAACACGACCGUGGCUUGCUUUCACUGAUGAUUUUAUCUGUUUUUAUUGCUCUCAGUUGAUGUGAUUUUCAGUUUUUUCUGCUCUAAUGGAGUGGUAUUAUUCUGUUUUAUUAUGCAGCCAUUUGGGUUAACUCGUCCUGUUUUCAUGAAAUCAGAAUAACGUCAGUUUUGACCUUCAGUGGGAAACUAAAAGCAUGUGAGCAAUCGUUUUCUAAGGAAACGUAAACAGAUAUGACUGAUAAAAAGCUUUCUUUUUCUAAAUUUAAGAAUGCACAUUAGUAGUUUUUUGUUGUGUUUGGGGCGGUUUUAGAAAGAAUCACUAAAUCACCCAUAAAAGAAAAACACAGAACCUGCCUAUCAGUUACACCUGAGACAAGUUUUCUGUUGCUUUAAUGAAUGUACAAUAACACAUUCAUUAUGGUUAGCUGAUUUGAUUUGGCCUGUUUGCAUUUUUCCUCUCCAGAAUCUGUCAUCAUUUCACUAAUUUUGAUUGGCUGAUGGUGGCAGAUGGAGAGACUUAUCUUUUGCAGCCGUAUAGAUGGUUUCUAAUGAGUCACAAAAAUGUGGAAUAUAUUUUACUUCAAAGCAUUAUUGGUGUAAACACUCAGACACAAUAAACUUCCAAACCUAUCCAACGUUUUUCUUCAAAUUAUGUUCUAAAAGUGCAUUUAUUAUUUAUGACAUGUUAUGAUUAAAGAACUAAGAUGACAACAGAGGAGGUGAAAUGUUUUCAAUAAAUAUAAACAUAAAAAGUCUUUGAAUUUAGCUAUUUUGGACAAAAGAUUAAAACCUUUAAACUUAAAAUGUUUGAAUGUUUGGAAAAUAAUGUUAGCAUCUGAAUCUUUUAAAAUCUGUUAAUUCAACUAAUAAUUGUUAACAUAAGAAUGUUGCAUGCACAGAUUUGAUUGAUUUUGAUGAAGUUGAUGUUAAGCAGCUUCACUGUUACUGAUUAUCAAGACAUUCAGUGUUUGUGUUAAUGCAUAUGAAACUGUGUCGACUUCACUUAAAACUUGAUCAAAAGUAUUUAUUUUAUGGCACCGUCGUUGGUCGUCUUGCUUUGUUUUCACAUGCAAGUCUUGUUCCAUCAGCAGAUGUGAGGCGAUAAUCCUUUCGUUCUUCAUUAAAACAAAUGAAAGAGUCAAAUCUAAAAGUUUAUUUGUCUUUUAUCUUCCCACUGAUGAUUCAUUGACUUUGACUUCAAGGUCAAUCCAAACACUAAAUCACAAAAAAUGACUUAUGAGUGAAAUAAUCUGUCAGUAGAAGUCAUACUUUUUUAAAAAAAUCAAUAUUUAAUUAUUAUCGACUUAAAUUAACCCCGAUAUCUUGCUGAAAAGGUACUUGUAAGUUAGUUUUGUCUUAUUUUAAGUGUAAUAAGAUAUUUUCAUUUGAAACUAUGUGCUGCUUUGUUUUCUUCAUCCUGUCAGGUUCUAUUUAGUGUUUUUUUAGUUUUAGGUUUAGUAAUCAGAUCUGGAUGUGGUGAGUGAAUUUGAGCUCAGCUCUCCAAAAGAAAAGUGUGAAUUUAGUUAAGUCAUAAUUUAACAAAGAGGGGAGAGAAUCACUUUUAUCAGCUCAGAGACAAAUUGGUCUGGAAAAUCCUCACUGGAAAACUGCUUUUAAAUUCUUUUGCGUUUUAAGAUGCAUUUAAUGGUCUAAAGUGGUGAGCUCUUCUUCACAGUAUUGUACUUUAAUUUUCCAGAGAAUUAAAUAUCUCCCUCUGUAAAGUCCAAUAUGUCAAGCAGCUGCAGUUUAAAGCUUAAACUGUUUCUUGUUACAAUAAAGAAUAAAUUUGUACAUCAGUA